GGUUGGAGUACAAGGCGUCAGGCUUGCUUUGGGCGAAGUUUUGGAUUGGCAAUCUUUGCGGAAUUCCACGCAGACUUGAUUGCGCACGCUUGAGAUUCACGCCGAGGGCAUACUCGCUCACGGCAUCGGAUUGCAGUGGAAGCAAUGUGACUAGGCGUGACUGUAAGGCCUGGCUAUUUUGGGACGUUUCAACCAGGUGAAGUCGACAGGGAUCAGCCAGCAGCCAAGACGAUUCGCCGAAACUCUUCUUCAUCUUCUUCCUUCUUUACCUUGCGUACAUCACGCUCUGACAAUUGCUACAUGCUUGUCGAGUGGUCAGCUUAGGGACAAGAUGGCUUCGCCUUACCGACGAUGAUGAAACAACUCUUCUGAUGUUGCUGAACGGAAUGAUCCUCGCACACGGCUCAGCAGGGGUGAAGCCGGCAGAAGCUUCGAAAACAUCACGAGCUUUCAAGAGCAUGUAAAGGGAUUUUCGAUGUCUUGUGAAAGAUGAGGUGAAGUACAGCUGUGACGCGGCAGUGAAUGUGAAGCUGAAGCCACAAGACAGCAAACGCAGGGAUUCACCUGCGCCUGCUUUGGACUCAUCCUUGGCAUCAGACUAACUCCGGCACUUUGCCUUUCCCUCGACACUACCGAUCACUUGAAUACAACAACACCUCGACCGCCGGCAAAGAUGGCGUCUCACCAGCCGCGCCUUCGCUCGCUCAUCCCCACCGCUCUCGCACUACUCGCUUCCUUCGGCGGCACUUCCGCCGCUUCCAUCACUCGUCGUCAGUAUCAGGAUGACCUUCGCCCAUGCAUCUAUUCCACGCAAGUCGUGGCUGAGUGGCCGGACCAAGGUGCUCAGAUCACAACGAAAUCGCAAAACACCAACUACCACUACACUCCGCUCGUGGUCGUCCAGCCUACCAGCCCUGAGCAAGUCGCAGGUGUCAUCAAAUGCGUCGCCCAGCGUAACGGUCAAGUCAAAGCUUCGACGUUUGGGGGAGGUCAUGGCUAUGCCUCGUAUGCUCUUGGUGGUGCCGAUGGUUUCGUAGUCAUCGACUCGAGCCGUCUCGCCGGCAUCUCUGUCGACAAGGACUCGAAGACCGCCCAUGUGUACAUGGGUGCCAAGCUAGGUCCGCUCGCUAUUGCCAUUGGCCAGGAGGGAUUUGGUCUUCCUCAUGGCACUUGCCCGUCAGUCGGUGUCUUCGGCCACGCUCUGGGUGGCGGCUGGGGAUUCAGCUCUCGCAACUGGGGCUGGCUUCUCGACCACAUUGUCGGCAUGACUCUCGUCGACCCAACUGGCGCCAUUCGCAAGCUCUCUGUAACCUCUACUGGCCAAGAUGCUGAUUUGUGGUGGGCUCUUCGCGGAGCAGGAGCCAACAACUUCGGCGUUGUUACCGACAUGACUCUCAAAUUGGAAGUCGCUCCCACCCAGGCUGUCAACUGGAACACGACUUUCCCCACUCACGACGAAUGUGCUACAGUCUUGAGAGCUGUCACGGCUCUUGCUAACGCUAUGGGCCCGAAUCAGCUUCCAAAAGAGCUCGGUUUCCAGCUGCUUGGCUACGGAGUAGGUGGCGAGGGCGUUGGAGCAUGCAAACUUGCUGGUCAAUAUCUUGGUCCCAUUGGCGAGUUCCGCCGCGCAGAGAAGGUCAUCCGGGAUGAUCUGCAUGCGAGCGGCGUUCAGACCACAGACUUCAAUGCUGUCGAAUUUCCCGGUUGGGUCGAAGCUCUCACGAGCUUGAUGGGGGGCAACCUCAAUUCACCACCAGUCCAAGUGCCGUACUACGCACAGUCCUUGAUUGAUGACGGCUCUCCAAGUUACAGCGUAUCUGGCUCACAGGCGAUCUUCCAAGCUGUGCAAGAGACUGUAAACACUCCAAACGAGGGCACUUCCAUCUCUUUCGAUCUCAACGGACCUUUCGCCAGAACCAAUGGUGAGCAACCGUACGGCGAUUCCUCCUUCGCAGUUGGUGGUCACCGAGGAUCUACCUUCAUGAGUCAAAUCUACGUCAACGGCUAUCCAGCUUUCGACAACAUGACUGCCCAAACCCCAGUCAACGCUGCUGUGGACAACCUCAAUGCGGCAGUUAGAGCCAACGAUCCAAACGGCAACUGGAAGGCAUACGUCAACUACAUCGACCCGAGACUGCAAAACUGGGCUCAGAUGUACUACGGAGAUGCUUUGCAGCGUCUCAAGGACAUCAAGAAGCAAGUCGAUCCCAACACCAUCUUCGACUAUCCUCAGGGUUUGGCACAUGCCUAG